CGGAUACAAAAGUCAGUCGAAGGGUCACAUGGAGCUCGUGGCGGAGCGUAAGAAGCCUGAAGAUGCCAAGCUGCUUCGGCCGCUGGCGUCGCAGAAGUUUCCGUAUGUGGGAGGAAAUGCAGUGUUGGAAGCUAUUCCCCAAGUGGUGCACUUUGGAGGAUUUCGAUUGAACCACACGUUGACCCAGAAGGUUCGGAUCUUGAACAAGGGCACGGCGAGCACGCGCAUGCACAUUGUGACGCCUACGGAUGGUCCGUUUCAUGUUGAAAACAAUCGACGAGGAACGAUAUACCCUGGCAUGAGCGAAGAUCUGGUCGUGACGUUCACAGCACACGAGUUUAAGUACUUCUACGAUUGCGUCAAAGUCCACAGCGAAGGCGGCAACUUUAUCAUUCCCAUGCAUGCGUAUCCCGUUGUAAACAAGGUUAACUUUCCACGUCAAAUCCACUUUGGCACGCAGCCGCUCGGGUUUGCCUCGACUCGGACCGUGACCAUUGGAUGCAGUGUUCCGAUUGAGUUUGAGUUCCGCAUCCAAGUCAAGCGCGCCCACAGCUCCAUCACUGUUCAUCCGGUGCAUGGCACGAUUCCAGCCAAUGGCGAGGCUGAGAUCACGAUUGCGUUCCAGCCGAUCGUGAUGGCCAACGUAUUUUGCGAGAUUGAACUGCUCGUGUCGCAGUUCGACUUUCAGCCCAUGACGUGUGUGAUUUCUGGCGCGUCCGCUCCUGGCCUUCAAGUUCCUUCAAAUGACCAAGCCGAAGUAGAAGACAACGAUCCAGCCGUGGACCCCGAUCGCCAACUAGAAGGCGACGCCACGGUCGACACCAUGUUAGAGCCACACCAACCAGCCAACGACAACCCCCCACCGUCCAAACGACCACCAAAGAAAACGAAAAAGACCGCGACAAGUGAAGUCGACGAUGUGGAUAUCAUGGAUGGCAUUAAAAUACCCAAACACAUGGACGGUAUUACUGCCACCAACUUUGUGCUGACUCAACAGCCGGGGAAGCUCAAACCAAAGGACCUCAAGCGCGCCAUCGACGAGAACCGGGCGCUGCGAAAGCGGCAAAAGGCCGAGCAAGAAGCGUUGCGACUCAAAACAGGGAGCACCGGCGGUGGUCGUCUGUCAUUUGACGUGCUGCUCAUGGAGGAGUCCGUGUCGACCAAGCCGACCACUCGGCAAUUGAAAGAACUCGUGUUUUUGCAGGAAUUGCAAGAGAUCGACAAGAUGGAAUCCGAGCUUGAGUUUCAGAGCAACCGCGAGUUCGUGGGGGACUCGUUGCUUGCCCCCCGAGACAUUGACUUCAUUUACGCUGUGCGCACGUAUCACAAGCUGGAACGGGAGCGGAACGCCCGCGAAGUGUUGCGCACGACGUUUGCCAGCCACGGUGGAAGCGUCUCGUCAAUCCCGCCGGUGCGCGCCGUGCUGCCUGCCUUCCAUACCCCCACCCACGUCCCAGACUUCAAUCCGUACAAAAACGACCUGUGGGCCAAACGCAAGCGGAUGCUCGCGAGGUUUGUGCAAGUGGUGUCCAAGUUGAUCACAAGAAACCGGGCGAAACGGCGGUUGCGGUUGCUCCAAGCGUGGAUUGGCCCCGCCACGACGCGAUUAGAAGUUCGGAAAAUGGUCGAUCGGGACUGGAAGUUUGCUCAAGUGUCGAUAACCGACACGAAGCAAAAGCCACCACUAUCCGACUCGCAACACUCGGACGACAAUGCUUCGUUCAUGCUGAAUUCGCUGGCGGCUUCACCUGUUGUACCUGCUAGCGAUGUCAGCUCCAUUGUCGUGGUGCAUUCGUACCCGUUGUACUUGGAGAGCGAGUCCCGCGCACGGUUCCCCGUAGCCGUGGCCACCGACACGGCAUCGUUCCAAGAUUUUAACUUGUUUCCGCUCGACGUCCCCCUGGAGGCCAACCUGAUGGGCUAUCGACCGCAGCAACCGCUACCAAUUCCGCAGUACGUACCGUUGGAAGCAACUCGCAGUCACCGCGUGGGCGCGCAGCACGAGGCCGGCGUCCGGGUGCCCCGAGCCAUCGUCCCCGUCGAAGCCAUCCCGCUCGUUCCGCACGCCGAACUCGUGUGGCGCUUCACGCUCGAGCCGUCCGUGUUUAUCUUUCCCCCCGCGACCCUCCGAGUGUACACCCCCCUCACGUCUCCACUGGAAACGGACCCCGAGUACAUUCUACAGCCGCGGCGUCGGGAACGACAGGUGGCUCGCACGACGCUCAACGUCAUGGCAGACACCCCCGGAACUAUCUCUCUCGCGAUUAAGACCCCCUACAUGCUCCACACCGCCUGGGUGGGAUGGCGGGAUCGUUCGAACGAGACGACCGCCGCCUUAUGGGACGCUCCGCCAGGCGCUCCCGCCCUGAUUGACACGUCUAAAACCAUUCCCAUCGACAUGCUGAGUGAUAGUGAAAGCGACAACGAAGACACGAGUCUGGUGAAAGUUCCCACGUUGGACGACGCCAAGCGGCUGUUUGAAGACGACAUGGACCUGGCGUUGCUGGCAACGUUUCCGCGCUACGAUGCGUGGCUUCGACUUGAAAAUGAGUACCAAACGUAUCGCAACGACUUGUGCAUGCAAUUGCCAAAGCGAAUGGAAGCGAUCGCAAAGCACGUGCGCAACCCCACGACGCCGUUUGUGUUGGAAGGCCAUGGGGACGUGCUGCCCUUGCACGCAUGGGACGAGCAUGGCGUUAGUACAAGGGAAUUCUAAGCACAUCAAAUUUGUACCGUUUCCGGUCGUGUAUGAGAAACGGUCGCGACGUUUCGUUUUUGAAACGCUUGAAACCGAUACUGUAUCGCCG